CACGUUGACUGGCUUUUAACGAGCUGUGUCUAUAGCUAGUGCUUAUCUGAUUACCUGUAGCUGUAGCCAGUGUGUUCUCUGACUAGCUGUAGCUGGUGUUUGUCUGUCUAGCUGUAACUCUGGCUGGUUUCUCUAAUUAGAAGAAUGACUUCUACCACCACUGUUUUCUACCUAUUGACGUCAUCAGUUCUAAUCUACUGCUUGUCUGUGGGUGUAAUCGCUGCACCUGUAUCUGAAGAUUGUGAAGGUGUGAAAAACCCACGUGACCUUGACCCAUGUCAGGUGUGUGAGUGUGCUGGUGACCACUAUGAGUGUGAACGCGUCGACAUGUGCCAGCCAUUGAGGUGUGUCGACGGUGUUAAAAAUGACGGAGAUUGCUGCGCACACUGUCCAAAUGGUGAAAACUGUGAGAAGGAUGGCGUUAUAAUCUCGAAGAACAGCCAGGUGUUUAUCCCAGGGUACGGCGCCUGUAUUUGUGUGUCGUCAUCCAACUGGGGGGACGGGUUGACCGCGUUCUGUCUCCAGGAGGAAACUCCCCCCAACCUCACGUCGAUGGACGAGACGACCGCUGUUUACUGAAUCUUGUGUGUGAAGAAAAAUAAAUAAACGUCCAGUACUGAUCUAAAAUA